UGAACACCGACCGUGGCCUUCCGCAUGCGGUCGAAUCGCCAAUAGCACCGCGGCGGUAACAGCGGCCGCUAAUCCUGCACGGAGGUGGAGAGCCGGAGCAGGUGCCUCGUUCCCAAGCCACGGUGGAGCCCGAGGCCGACGGUGUCAAAAUGGAAGCGGAGGACCACCUCGCCAGGGAAUAUGUCCAGGAGUUUGUUCUCGACCACUUGGACCCCGCCGAUGUCAAACGCGAGAUGUUGCAGGUGCGUUUGGGUUCGCCGACGGUGACGGUGAGCGGGAGCGUUCUCCAGCUCCAGGGUCAAGUGGGUCAGGGUAUCGCGUUGGCCCCGCUCACCCCGCCGGCCCACGAGCUAGAGCAGCCUCAUCCGCUCUACGGCCAGCCCCACAUCCAGGUGCAACACGGAGUCCUGGUCAAGGCGCCGCCGGGCGUCGCACCCCAGCUGACGACGCUCUCGCACCCUGGAACACCGCCGGAUACGCCGCCGGUUUCGGCGUCACCCCCGCCGAUCCAUCUUCAUCGUGUCGGCGAGCGGGACCUCCGGGACCUUCGGGACAUCCGGGACCCGAGGGACCCGCGGGACCGUCCGACCCUCGGGAUCGGCCUUGGACUCCACCUGCAACAGGGUCCAGGAGGGCCGUUAGGCCAGGAGGAUAUGCAGGUUGUAGGCGGGGGUGGGAUGGGAUGGCCCUCGCACUCGCUGAGACAGGAGCCCUUGGAUUUGAGGCCCCACUGCCCUCAGGAUCAGACCCCGGAGCCUCCGCCCGAAUCCUGGCCGUCACAUCACCACUUCCAGGAGCUUCAGCAUAUCCCGCGUCACGCAAGACACCCCGACGACGAGGAGUGUGCAGGUGGUUGUCUGGUUGCAGGCGGCUACAUCACGGUCUCCGGUCAUAUCGAGUACUACGGCGGUGUCGGGGGCGGUGGAGGCGGUGGUCCAGGAAUGGGACUCGGCGGAAGUGGCGGCGUGAUGCAGGGUAUGGACGACAGCAUGCAGGGGAUGCCGAUGCAGCCCGGUCGGCCGAUGAGCGUGUGCUCCGUCAGCUCCUGCGGAGGGCCGAGUCCUCACCGAGGUCCCGGGGGUCUCUAUUCGACCUGUGGAAGCGGGACGGCCGACGAGCUGAUGAACGACGAGCUCCUGAUGUCCCUCUCCGUCCGGGAACUGAACAAGCGCCUCCACGGCUGCCCCAGGGAGGAGGUGAGUCAGGUGGUGCGGCUCAAGCAGAAGCGUCGGACCCUGAAGAACCGCGGUUACGCGCAAAACUGCAGGAGUAAACGGCUCCAGCAGCGACACGAUCUUGAGACUACGAAUAGAAAUCUACAGAACGAAAUGCAGCGGCUUAAAAUCGAACUGUCGCGCGUUCAGCAGGAACGCGACGUGUACAAACAACGGUGUGAGAUUCUCAGGGCCAGGCAGCAUCAUCAUCACCAUCACCACCAUCAGCAGCAACAGCAACAGCAACAGCAACAGCAACAACAACAGCAACAGCAGCAACAACAGCAGCAGCAGCAGCCUCAACCCCCCUCGCAGUCCCAACAACAGCCCCCCCCUCAGCAACCCCCGCAACCCCAACCCCCUCCGCCCAAUCAACCGACUCCAGGAGCGAGUCCCGAGGUAUACCUGUGACAUCGACAACGUCGCGGCGGAACCUGCUGGACUUAGAAGUCCGUACUGUCGGGGAUUAAGACGCAGGUCUGUUCCGCCCUGAGACGCGGUUUUUUUUUGGUCCGAAAAACGUGCAUGUUAUAUUAGCGAUUGCUUUGGAUUGAAAAAUUGUGUACAACUGCGAGUUGAAGAGAGUUGCACAUUCCUAUACAAAUAGGAUAUAGAUGAUCGAGCCGAGGUCGAUAUACACGUGCAUAUAGGUAUGUUUUUGUAUUAUACCUAUACUAUAUACACGGGCGAAGUGCAAGUGGGUGGACGAGUGAGUGGCGGCCAUUUUGCGUCACCUGUUCGUUCGCCGCCAUCGCGGAAAACACCCACGCAGGUAGACGUGCAUUGUAACUAUUAUACUGCAUAGGAGAAGCGAGAGGACUAUGGAACCGUGCUUUUUCAUUUCAGAAUCCAAUGCGGUCGGCGAUUUCGAUUUCGUGUUUUCUCUUACUUGGUUUCGCGCAAGCUCCGUUUUGGAAGUCAAUCACCCCUAAAUUUCUUUUACAGACACUUCUUGGUUUCAGCUGAAAUAUCUGGUUACACAAAAACGAAUGAAUAGUUGCAAUUAACAAUAAUUUCGUAGUUGGACCCUAAUUUUUUACAUAUUCCGAUCCAUGCAGAUGUUGUUUGAAUUUAUUAUAUAUUUAUAUCACAAUUUCACUGUGAUCGCUUCCAUAUUUGUCUCGUUUAGUGUAUGUUGUACACACGAUUGAUGCCCAAUGCUCAUAGAUGAUUGGAAAUGGUUGGAUGGAAAGUUUUAGAGGGUACGGAAUUUUUAUCAAAACCUUUUUUUUUCUUCUAAUUCAGGGUAGUAUAUAUAUAUAUAAUAGCUUUUGAAGUGUAACAGAAUUGAGUUAACUAUAUAAAGCUUAAGCAUUUGAAUGGUGGAAGUGAG